AUGAACUUUGAAGAUAUCUUGCAGGAGGCUGGGAGCUUUGGCAAAUUUCAGAUCUUCACAUUGCUUCUGCUCUGUCUUCCGAGAUUCAUCCUCCCCCUCCAUUUCUUACUGCACAAUUUUCUCGCUGCUAUCCCACCCCAUCGCUGUGCUAUUCCACAUCAGGAUCAAUUUGCCAACCUCACUGAGGAAGAGGUUCUACUCAUCAACGUUCCAAGAGAUUUUGAAGGAGCCUUCAGUUCCUGUGAGAUGUUCUCUGAGCCUCAGUUUCACCUAUUGCUGAACUCCACUGAAGUGCCAUCCAAUACCUCAUCUGUCCGGAGCUGCCAGCAUGGAUGGGUAUAUGAUCAGUCACAGUUCACUUCCACUAUAGCUACCCAGUGGGAUCUGGUUUGUGAGCAAAGAAGCCUGAACCAAGCAACUGCCACCUUUUUCUUCAUUGGUGUCACCCUUGGGGCUGUGAUAUUUGGCUACCUGUCGGACAGGUUUGGCCGGAAGACUAUGCUCCUGGUAUCAUUUGUGUGCACUCUGGUAUUUGGGCUGGUAAGUUCUGCCUCAGUUACGUACAGCAUGCUGGCCGUCACACGAACCCUUACUGGGAUAGCUAUCUGUGGGCUCUCUCUCAUCGUUGCACCUCUGGGCAUGGAAUGGGUAGACAUACAGCAUCGUUCUUGGUCUGGGAUCAUGACCAGUCUCUUCUGGAGUUUCGGAAACAUGUUUCUUGCUCUGAUUGCUUACCUGGUGCGGGACUGGCGCUGGCUGCUCCUCGCGGUCACUCUGCCUUGUGUACUGGGCAUUAUCUCCAUGUGGUGGCUUUCAGAAUCUGCCCGGUGGUUGCUGGCCAAAGGCAAGCUAAAGCAAGCUCACAAAAAUCUGCAGCAGUGUGCCAAGAUGAAUGGACAAAAAGACUUUGGUGCCAAAAUAAAUCUGGAGAUCCUGAGCAAAACAGCAGCUGCAGCAGCAGCAGUGGAGAGGUCAGGUGGAGACUCCUCCUACAUUAGCCUGUUCCGAACACUGAUGCUGAGAAGGAUCUCCGUGUGCUUGGGGGUCUUGUGGUUUGGGGUGGCCUUUUCCUACUACGGCAUGAGCAUGAACAUCACAGGCUUUGGCUUGGGAAUGUACAUGACCCAGUUUGUCUUUGGGGUCAUUGAGAUUCCCACUAAGCUCACUGUGCUUGUCCUGGUGAACCGAGUGGGCCGAAAGCAGUGCCAAGCUUGGGCACUUAUACUAACUGGGCUGUGCAUAGGAGCCAACACGGUCAUCCCGACAUCACUGGGGAUUUUACGCUCUGUGGUAGCCAUCACAGGCAAAGGGUUCUCUGAAGCAGCUUUCACUAUGGUCUUCCUGUACACACCAGAACUGUAUCCCACUCUUCUCAGGCAGAAGGGGCUGGGAUAUUGUUCCUUCUUAGCACGUCUGGGAGCGUCUGUGGCUCCUCUCAUCUUCCUGCUGGACACCGUGUGGAAGCUUCUGCCCCAAGUGACAUACUGUGUCAUGGCGGUGCUGUGUGGCUCAGCAGCCUUCCUCCUUCCUGAGACCUUAAACGUCCGACUGCCAGAGACCAUAGAAGACACUGAAGAGAAAUGCUCGAAAGGGAAGAAACAGCUGCCUGGAGAUGUAUUCGAAGUCAUGCCUCUGCAUUCAUUACAGAAAUGA